AUGGUGCCUGGACCUGAUUCCAUGGGCGCUCCGACCAGCUUCACUGCUCGGAGACCCAACGCUUCACAUCUGCCAUCGUUCGAACUGCCACCGCCUCCGCUUGCCGGACUGCAGCAAAAGUACCAUCAACCAAGCUACUCCCACCACACAUCGCAAGCACCCGCAACGACUCUGACGAGUGUUGGCAACCUGUUGACUCCUCCAAGCAACGGUUCCGCCGACGGCUUGAGUCCCGGCAAUACUUCACACAGCACCGGUCCGGCAUACAGCCCGAACGGCAGUGGAAUGUGGCCACCACCAUCGAACGGCGGCUCUACUCCGUCGUAUGGGUUUCAACAAAGCAGCGCAUCGCAGUAUCAGCAGGGUCGCGGAUUGUACUCGCCCUCUCUGAACUCGAUUGUUCGCGGGAGCAACUCUCCCAGCGCAAGUGAACUUCCUCCUCCACCUUACGAAAUGCCACACUACGCCAACUCGACCAUGUCAAUGUCGGCUCCUAAUUUGCCCGCCAUGCCAAACCACCAGCCGCAGAUGAUGGCUCCAGGACCUCAGCCAUCGCCAGCAAACAGUCACGAGUCCUUCUCACGACCUCCACCGACGCCUUCCUAUUCAUAUUCGUCGCAAUCAUCCGCGCCUCAGCAAAGUAGCUACUCGUACUCGGGACCUUCUCCCGUACAACAGAGUUCUAGCACUCAGUCCAUGCCGAGAAUGUCUCCAGUCAGCCAACAAGGCCAAGCGCCACCUGCUCAGCACCAGUCUCAGCAACAACAACAACAUCAUCAACAGCAACACCACCACCAGUCCCAGCAGCAGCAACAGUAUGCGCAACAUCGACCGUACAGCUACUCGAUGCCUGUUCUCACCAACGUGAAUAACCCGGGUGGACAGAUGUCCAUGGUGGGAGGUGGAGUGCCUCACAGUAUGAUGGCACCCUACAACAGUGGUCAAGCAGCCCACUACUCCCAGAUGUACGCCCACCACCCACAGCAAGCCAACCCACCAAACGACAGACCUUUCCGAUGCGACCAGUGCCCUCAGAGCUUCAAUCGCAACCACGACUUGAAACGACACAAGCGUAUCCACCUGGCAGUCAAGCCGUUCCCUUGCGGACACUGCGACAAGAGCUUCUCACGAAAAGACGCGCUCAAGCGACACGUCCUCGUCAAGGGCUGCGGUAAAGCGCAUGCGACCAUGGAAGUCAAGGAGCUCGAUGGCUCCAUGUCUCCCGCGUCGAAGAGCGGAAGCCAGGGAAGCAGUCCCAUCAUUUCCGCCAGCGCAUGA